AUGCUCAGUUUGUCUAGUAGCAAAUGCAUUGCUGCAUUGGCUAUGCUUUUGCAAUUAUCUAAUGCAUUACAUUUCUAUGUCAAAACUGGAGAAACUAAAUGUUUCUAUGAAGAAUUACCUGAGAAUACUUUGGUUGUGGGCAAAAUCGAUGCUUAUGAAAAACAGGAUCAUAGCAACGAAUAUUUUAAGAAUCCAAAUUUGAAGGUUCAAAUCACAGUUGAAGAAACAUUCGACAACAACCACAAAGUAGCCAAUCAAAAGUCAGCUCCAGACGGUGAUUUUGCGUUUACAUCCUUGGAUUCUGGGGAACAUAGAUUUUGUUUGACGCCAGUAUACAGUGAUAAAACCAAUAAUAAAGUCCAUCGUAUCUUUUUUGAUGUUGCCCAAGGCUCUGCCAACGAAUAUGUCGACUCCAAGUCUACAAGAAUGGUGGAUGAUUUGGCUGUUAAAGUGAACCAAUUAUAUGAUAAAUUGGAUAAAAUACACUGGGAACAAGAGCAUAUGAGAGAAAGAGAAGCUAUCUUUAGAGACCAAUCUGAAUCUACUAAUUCAAGAGUUGUCAAAUGGUCAAUUGUGCAGUUGGUUGUCUUAGUGGGUACUUGUGUUUAUCAAUUACGCCAUUUGAAGUCGUUUUUUGUCAAGCAAAAGAUAGUUUAA